UAGGUGGGGUUUAUCAUGUGUAUAAAUAAACCCUCUCUGCUGCUACAACGCCCCUGGAAACUCAGUGAGACAAACUUCUUCCUUCUAAAAGCCACACGACUCCAGAGUCCCACCAUGUCUUUCAUCCAGGCCUUCAUGCAGCAGACGGUCUAUCUGGGCUUGCCCGAUGACUCAGUCCUGAAGAACGAGGGCACGGUGACUGCAGCACCCAAUUUCAGCCCCAGCGGGGAUGCAGCGGUCUUGGACAGGGCCAUCAAGACGAAAGGCGUGGACGAGAACACCAUCAUUGAAAUUCUGGUGAAAAGGAGCAACGAGCAGAGACAGCAGAUCAAAGCGGCUUACCAGCAGGCCAGUGGCAAGACUCUGGAAUCUGCACUGAAGAGCGCUCUGAAGGGAGACCUGGAGGAUGUGGUGCUGGCUCUGCUGAAAACACCGGCCCAGUACGAUGCCCAGCUGCUCAAACAGGCUAUGAAGGGACUCGGUACAGACGAGGACACCCUGAUUGAGAUCAUGGCCUCCAGAAACAACAGAGAGAUUGUGGAAAUUAAGAAAGUCUACAAGGAAGAAUACAAGAAGGACCUGGAGGAUGACAUCAAGAGUGACACGAGUGGAGAUUUCAGGUCUGCCCUCCUUGAACUCUGCAAGGCCGGCAGGACUGAAGGAGUUUGCGAGCAGCUGAUUGACAGCGAUGCCAGGGCUCUGUAUGAGGCCGGCGAGGGCAGGAAGGGCAAAGACUGCUCUGUCUUCAUUGAGAUCCUCAGCACCAGGAGCGCUCCUCAUCUCCGGAAAGUAUUUGAGAGGUACUCAAAGUACAGCAAAGUGGACGUGGCCAAAGCGAUCGACCUGGAGAUGAAGGGAGAUAUUGAGAGCCUCCUCACAGCAGUAGUGAAGUGUGCUGGAAGCAGGCCUGCGUACUUCGCUGAGAGGCUCUACUUGUCCAUGAAGGGUAAAAGUCCCCGCAAAAAUGUUCUGACCCGCAUCAUGGUGUCCCGCUCUGAAAUCGACAUGAAACGGAUCAGGGAUGAGUACAAGAAAACCUACGGCAAAACACUCCACCAGGAAAUUCUGGAUGACACUAAAGGAGACUAUGAGAAGAUUCUGCUCGCUCUCUGUGGGGAAAACUAAGAGCCAAUCAGUGGGAUCAAGGCUUGUAUAACUGAAGAUCCAGCAGCAAGUCCAGCUGUGGAAAAUCAACAAUUAUCUAUUGACACAUAUUGUGCCCUGUGCUUUCGUGGAGAAGGGACGAGACUGUCUCUGUGACUGUCAUCGAGUUUUGGAAAAAAUUAGAGCAAUUAGCAAAAAAUACAUAAGCACUGCUUCUACAGAUAGAUGAAAGUUAUUCCUUUUCAUUCCAGCACUUGUAUUCCAGCAUAGAUCUGACAGCAGUAUGCCAGCUGUCCAUUAAGCUUCGCCCUCAUUAGAUUCUUGUAUCUGGUGCUCGAAGAGAGGCUGAUGUCAUUGAUCACAGUGCAGCUGCUGACAGAUGUAUACAGGUCAACACGUGAGAAAUUAUAUUUAGUGGCAGCAGAAGGCCUACCAUUGAAGGAGCUCGGACAUCUUGCAAAUAAAAGCUUUUUAUAUGAACUCG